AUGGGGAAAGGAUUUCAAAAUUUCAUGUCCAAAAAGGACUUUCAUCCAAGCGCAUGGUGGAAUCUAAAAAGGGUGUGGGAAGUUCGGCAAAAGAAAGCCAUUGAUGACAAAAGACAAGAAGACCUUCGGGUUCAAUAUGAAAAGGAACAGGAAAUGCUUAAUAAUAAGGCGCUACUCGGUGAUGAGAAGGCUAAAAUGGGUUUGUCAUUUAUGUACGAUGCGCCAGCAGGUAUGACAAAAAGGGAUGAACCAAAGGAAGAACCAAAAUUUGAGUGGCAACGAAAGUACCAAGCCCCCCGAGAAGAAUGGGCCAAAGAUAAUGAUCAGAUUCAGGAUCAGCCAUUUGGUAUACAGGUUCGAAAUGUUCGUUGCUGCAAAUGUCACAAAUGGGGUCAUUUAAACACCGAUAAUGAGUGCCCUCUGUUUGGAAUGAGCGGAAAUUUCGAGGAUGAGGGAUACGCUAAUAAUCCUUCGGAUCUCAUAAAAGAACUGCGGAAGGAACGUGAAGCUUGUGGUCCCUCACGUGCAAAAGAGGAUCGUCUAAACAAAAAAGAGUUUGUGGAUCGUACACAACUCGCUGAGGAAAUGAAAGAGACGCACGGUCUGCGUUUAAAGGGAAACGUUUUAAAUGGUAUCCGUGAAGAUCAAGAGGUAAGCGUUUUGAAAGCAGAACCAAGUGAAGCAGAACAAAUGAAGGCGUUCUUAGCGAGCUUGAGUGAUAAGGAGAAGAAGAAGCUAAUGAAAAAACUGUUGGGGAAUCACAAGAAUGCGAAGGACGACAAGAAGCACAAGAAGAAAAAGAAGGAUAAGAAAGGAAAUAAAAAAGACCGUGAGGGUAAAAACGACAAGAAAGUUUGUGGGAUUAAGAAAGUUGAAACGUCAUCCGUGGAAGACUCAGGCAUGGAUUUUGUCAUCAUUUUCCUUGUUUCAGUUACUCACUUAUGCCAAUUGUUUCAGAUCUGA